AGGAGCUCCAUCAGCUUAUCCUCUGUUAAUUAUAGCCAGCGACCUGGUUUCAGCACUGCAGGGACUCAACAGCUCCCGCGCAUCUAAAGCCUUCGCGCGCGGCAUCCAGCCAACAGCAGCGCGCUCACGAAACCAAACCAGCAGCGCGUUCGUGUUUACGGAGGACAACAGAGGGAUAAAAACAUCGCAAAACUACACGUUUCCGACAUAAGCUGGAGGAUGGCGUCAAAACGCUUAGGGUUUGUGGUGGUCCUUGCUUUAGUUUGUCAGCAUAUCAACGCGUUUCCCACACCUGCCGGACCCGACGACAAGUACAACCGUGAGCUGACUGAAGAGAAGCCUUUAGAACAGCAGAUUGCAGAAGCUGACAGUAUCAGGAAGACAGAAUCCAAGCCAACACCGCCAGCUGAGGAGGAAACAAACUCAGAGGACGAUGACAUCACUUUCCUCAAAGCUCUGGCAGAGAAAUCCAAAGAGUCGAACAACGAAACUCCCAUUUCAGAUUCUGCAAAUGAGCGUUUGGGAGCUGAUGACACCGACUCUACCAAGAACAGAAGACUGGCUGAUGACUAUGACUCCACGAAGAAUGGGAUGGACUACAAAUAUCAAGAUGACCCUGAAAGUUUUCGGCAGCUGGACGGAACCCCGUUAACAGCUCAGGACAUCGUCCAGAAAAUCGCCAACAAAAUCUAUGAGGAGGAUGACAGAGGAGUUUUUGACAGAAUCGUGUCUAAACUGCUGAAGCUCGGCCUGAUCACAGACAGUCAGGCGGAGACGCUGGAGUAUGAAGUCGCCGAAGCUCUGCAGGAUCUGAUCACCAAAAACGCCAAAGAUAACAUGAUUGGAGAUCGCAGUGUGGAUUACCCUGUCAGUGCAGCUAAAGACACACAGGAUGAGGAAGACAGACCUAGUCCUCGAUUUGAUGAAGAGGAUGAAGUUGAGAAUGAAGGUGGUGAUGAUGCUAAUGGUGAUGAACCACAGGAGGAGGAGAGCAGAGAUGAUACGGUUAGGUCGGAUGACUCAUGGGAUGCGGUGAGCGACGGGAACGACAGAAAUGAACUGAACCCUGAAGACGGACUGCAGGACCUUCAGUUCUUCCCAAACUUCUACAGACUCCUCAAGAGCCUCGACUCAGAGCAAGAUAAAGAGGAGAGGGAAACCCUGAUCACCAUCAUGAAGACCUUGAUUGACUUUGUGAAGAUGAUGGUCAAAUAUGGAACCAUCACACCUGAAGAAGGAGUGACUUAUCUAGAAAACCUGGAUGCCAUGAUUGCCCUGCAGACCAAGAACAAACUUGGCAAAUCUCUGGUUCCUCUGAGCAUUACACCACCUACAGGAAAAGCAGCAGAUGAUGAUGACAACACCAAAACAGAAGCUGCCAAAAUGCAGAAGGAGUAUGAGUCCCUGAAAGACUCGACCAAAGAUGUCCAGACUGCUGCGGAAAUCAGUCAUCCUGGGAAGUCUGAGAGUUAUUUGGAGGCGAUCAGGAAGAACAUCGAAUGGCUGAAAAAACACAACAAGGAAGGCAACAAAGAAGAUUAUGACCUCUCCAAACUGAGGGACUUCAUGGACCAGCAGGUGGACUCCUACAUCGAUAAAGGCAUCCUUGAGAAGGACGAAGGUGACGUUAUCAAGAGAAUCUACGGAAGCCUGUAGGAACAGCGCAAGCGCUAAGAUCUACUAAAUACUCGGACCGGCAUAUUAACACAGAUCCUAAUGCUAGAACUCCUAAUAAAUCAUAUUUAGUCUGCGAAUCAGACAGUAUUUCUAAUUCCCUCCCGAUGGCAAUAUCUUCUCUCAGUCAGCAAUAGAACACAAUCUAGUUCUAGACGAGCCACAAUCACAUCUGAGUUGUAAGUGUUCUUACGCAUUAGGACAGAACAUGUGCAUCUGCUACCUAGAAGAUUGAAAUUCAGUGGGUUUUUUGCUAUGACUUGCAGAUCAGUGAAAAUAGAAGCUUUUGCAACUCUUUCGCAAUAGACUUUUACAGCGCCAUAUGCAUAUAUCUGUACGUAAACAUUCACUCAUGUAUGGUGUAUAGCAUUCGCUAAUCUUUUGAUCUUUUUUGAUGAAGGAAAUUAACGUAUUAUUAUUGUUUCUCCGUCGACCAAAAAACAUCCAAAAACCAAUCAGCUUUGACUGUCAUUAAAUUGCUUUCCUCUUCUGUUGUGGUUUUGUCUCCCAGUCUACAGGGGGCGAUCUUUACAUCUCCCUUCUCUAUCUUUAAUUACGUUUCUCGGUUUGGGUUUUCCGUUUUUCGACUGUGUAUAUUCCACAUGCUAGAGAUUCACACACAUCGAGUAUUUUUAAAUGUAAAUAUUGUGAUUUUUUUCCAGAAAUCUAUUAAACAUUGCCUUUCUUUAAUUA